AUCUGUCGUAUUUGAUUGUCGGCUUUGCCUUUCGCGUUGGAUUCUUAAUUCGAUAGUAGAUUUUCAGAUAUAUUAUUAUUUCUCAGAACAAUCUAAGUAUCAUCUAUUACGUUCGGUAAACUUGAAUUGAAGCAAAUAUGUAUUUGCUGAGAAGUAAACCGGAACCAGAUUUAAAAAUCAUCGAGAAGUUGAAAAUAUUUUUCGUUGGUCAUUGGAGAGGAGCGUUACUAGUCUUUGCUCCAAUAGCUUUUUGCUUUUUAUUAAUGCCGGAAGAAAACGCUGGUGUUGCGCCGAAAUACUGCUAUUGUGGCUACACUCUUAUAUUGAUGGGUAUAUUUUGGAUGACUGAAUGUCUUCCACUUGCUAUCACCGCUCUUCUCCCGUUGUUAGUAUUCCCAAUAAGUGGAGUCAUGUCGUCUGCUGACACUGCGCACUGCUAUAUGAACGAUACCAUUCUUAUGUUUAUCGGAAGUUUGAUGUUGGCUUAUUCCGUUGAACAAUCUGGUCUUCAUAAGCGUCUUGCCUAUAAUACUAUAAAAAUCAUCGGUUAUUCUCAUAAAAAAUUGUUAUUAGGAAUCUGUAUGGUGACUACGUUUGUAUCCAUGUGGAUCACUAAUACAGCAGCCACAACUAUGAUGGUUCCCAUUAUAUUUGCUAUACUUCGUGUUUUUGAUUCGCAAGGUAUCAUCAAAAUGUAUGAAACAAUAGAUGGUGAAAAGUAUGCAACAGACAUUACCGUAUGUUACUUUUGCUGCGCCACCUAUUCUGCUACAAUAGGUGGUAUCGGUACCUUGAUUGGAACUGGCACAAACCUAGUAUUCAAGGGCCUUUAUGAGACUCAAUAUCCAACAAAAGUGGAAGUAAUAACAUUUCCCAAAUUCUCUGCAUUUGCAGUCCCGUACAUGCUCGUGUUGGAGACUUGCAUGUACCUUUGUUUAACAUUUCAGUACCUAGGUUUGUUAAGACCUAACAGUAAAGUAGCCCAAAAAACUAAGAUAACGCCAGCAGCUAUCACAGCUACUAAAAAAAAGAUUGAAGAGGAAAUUAAAAAAAUGGGAAGAAUUACAUGUCAUGAAUUGAUGGUGAUAUUAUUAUUUGGCGGGGCCAUUGUAGGCUUUUUUUGUAGAUCCCCACAAAUAUUCUCAGGAUGGGCUGAUCUCAUUCUUACUUUUUUUGAGAUCACUGAAAAAGGAUAUAUCAAGGAUUCAGCACUUAUUAAUUUAGUCCUAUUUUUUAUGUUUCUGUUACCAGCAUCUAUAGUGUUCAUCAAAAAUUGCUUAGCCAAAUUUCAUGAGCAACUACCUAAGGGACCUAUACGAUCAGUUUUAGAUUGGUCUGAACUUAAUGAUAAGAUGCCGUAUAGUUUUAUGUUUCUUCUGGGUGGCGGUUUCGCCAUAUCUACUGCAGCAGAUAAGACGGAAUUGAAUAAAAAAAUUAGUAAUACCAUGAGUUUUAUGACUUCCUUGCCUCAUGAAGUUAUAAUUCUGUUAAUCGUUAUAAUAGUAAUUUUUGUAACCAACUUUGCAUCAAAUGUCGCUGUUGCUUAUGUUUUUGUUCCAAUAUUUAUGGUCAUUGCGGAUAAUGCUAAAAUGGACCCUCUAUGGGCUUGUAUAGCGGCUGGAUAUAGUGCAUCACAUUGCUUUAUGUUACCUGUUGGUACGCCAGGAAAUUUGAUAGUUCAAGGGGCAGCAAAUAUCCGAACCAAGUCCAUGAUUAAAUGCGGUGCUGCACCAACAUUCUUUUGCAUCAUUAUAACCUGGGUAUUUAUUACAUUCUACUCACCUGUUAUUUGGUCUGUCAAAUAAAUAUGAUGUUUAUUGUAUUGUUACGCAUUUUUUCGAUGUAAAUUCAAUUUUUCUUGAUAUAUUUAAUACAAGCACUGGUAUUGGAGCAUAGAAGACACUGUUACAUUUUCAAAUGGUUAUUUAUAUUGAUAUCUUAUAGUUAUUCGAUACAAAUUAAAUAAAAAAAAUAUUUA